AUGGCUGGGAUGUGGCGUUACAUGGUGGCAGUAGUUUUGUUGGUGUGUGUGGGACUAUGGGGGAGCACAGAAGCCGUGGGGGGGGCUAAGAGUCGACCGCGACCCCAAAGACGACCUCCCAAGAAGCCAAAGGUUAACCCUAGUGACCAGAUCCCACCCGUACAAAACAUAGACAUACAACAGAUGGGAGGGACGUGGUACCUGCUCACCUCAGCCUCCAAGUGCUCCUACCUGAUGAAACAUGGAACCAAGGUGGAACCUACAGUCAUGAUCCUCUCUACCCCCUCCACCCCUAAUGGACCACUGUCUGUUAGCACUAAAACACGCCAUAAUCACCAGUGUUGGGAGAUAUUACAGGUCUACAAUCUCACCCCAACCCCGGGACACCUAACACUUAAAGGCCUCCGCCCUGAGCUGGACACUGACAUUGUGAUCCGUGAGACAGACUACACCUCUUAUGCUAUCAUAUAUUAUCAGAAACUUGGAAAGAUCACCAUGAAGCUCUAUGCCAGAUCUGUAGAUGAUCUGUCAGAGCCUGUGUUGGCCAAGUUUGAGGAGCUUGCUGAGAAACAGGGAAUGGGACUGGCCUACCUCUUCCCCUUUCCUACCUACAGUCAUUGUGGUUCUGUGGAAAAGGAUUAUGUCAUCAGGCAGGCCAUGAUUGAUUCCAUGGUCUAUGAUAGUGACCUGGAUUUCAUCUGA